ACACAACGGCCCUGAGUGUAGGCAUCAGGCUGAGCUGGCUGCUUACGACUGCUGCUAGUGGUGAAUUUCCUUCGUGGAUUUGUUUUGAAUGUUGUCGACACGAGUGUAGUAGUGCAGAAAUACGUCUGAUUGAAGAACAAUACUAUAUCGAUAAGCAAUUGUCUAAACUCUUUUUACGAGUAACAGUCUCGUUUUUGUUUCGACGCCAUGGAUUCCGCCAGUCAAGACAUCAAUCUGAACUCUCCAAGUAAAGGCCUAGGCUCAGGCACUCUAUCAGACAUGCCAGCAGAGAUGGGUGCGUCUGCUGGGAGUCCAGUAACACUUCCUCCAGGACUAACAGAGGAGGAGGCGGAAGAACUAAAAACUGAACUCUGCAAGGUAGAGGAGGAGAUUCAAACUCUGCGGCAAGUGUUGAUGGCCAAAGAGCGCCAUGCGUCUGAACUGAAGCGCAAGCUCGGCCUCAGCCCUCUGAGCGAACUCAAACAGAACAUCACCAAAGGCUGGCAGGAUGUACAGACCUCAAAUGCAUAUCUUUCAGCCUCUGCCACUCUGGAUGACAUUGCCAACUCUGAAGUGUACAAGAAGACUCAGGAAACACUGUCUCAGGCAGGACAGAAGACCUCAGCAGCCUUCUCCACCAUGGGUACUGCUAUUAGUAGAAAGCUAGGAGACAUGAGGAACUCCACAACCUUCAAAUCAUUUGAGGACAAAGUUGGAAAUCUUAAGUCGAAGGUUGUUGGAGGGAGGGCCAAUGGCGAUGGCUUGCAGUCUCCGACCGAGCCGAACCCUGUGCAGGAGAACGCACCAUUCUGAGCCUCUACACUCCCAAACCCACACCUCAUCUCAUCUGUUCGUGAAGCCUGACCAUCUACAGCCACCAUCACUUGUCUCACUCGCUUUCUCUCUGCCUCUCCCUCCCUGUUCCAGCUCCUGUUUCCACCUAAAGCUUGCAUGCGCUUGUCUCGCCUCUCCAGUCACACCACCGCUUACGUGACAUGGACUCAUCCAAAAAGAAUUGUACAAAAAAGAAGGGAAAAAAGUUACAACCAUUUUGUAUUCUAAAAUAUUUUACACUGCUUUGCAUAAAGUUUUUACAUAACGUAUAUAUCUAUAUAUGAAUAUAAAGAAUACAAAUAAUUAUAUUUAAACUGUACUGCCAAGCAGCAUUCAUCAGAAAGGGGAAAGGAGAAGAAAGCUGGAGAUGGGAGAGGGCUGCUGUUUGAACAACUCGCACAAGGGGAACGUGCUGCAGUCUUCUACGCUGCUCUUCAUUUAAUUUGAGGACAUUUUUUAAUCCGAGUACAAUGUGAAGCAACGCUUUACAGUACAUCUCGUGAAUGUCUAAUCCUUUGUCUGCCUUACACUAUCACUGUUUCUUUCUGUUGAUUUUUGCUGGUCAAAGCAAGUUGCAUUAAGGUUCUUUUCCUCUCCUCUUGCUUUUUCUGCCCUUUUUUUUUUUUUGAUUUGGAGUACCAUAUCGCUGGGCUUGUUUUGUUUGUGUUGUCCAUUAAUGUCUGCCCGCCUUUGCUUUGUUCUAAUGCUUUGUGCCAGCAAACUGAGGCUAUUUAAAGACCUUCUGCUGUUGAAACAAAGAGCUAUUUCACCAACUCGUACUCACACUAAUUUGUAUGUUAUGAGUCACUAUUGAAUAUAGUUCUUGCUUUAGCCUGCACUGCUCGAAGUGUAAUACACUGACUGAGACCAGUGGUGUCAAACUCCUUUUUGUUAUUUACAUCCAGGUAUAUAUUAGACGUGUGUAAUUUGUUUGAUAGCACGGUCACUUUGCAUUUCAAAACCAAUCAUUGGCCUUUUUUUUUUUUUUUGAAUCGUUAAUCAUUUUUAUUUUUGCCUUGUUUAUCCUAUUUCAUCACUUCCUCUUUUCUGUGUCAAUGGAUUGAAUUGUCAGUAGUUUGCUACACAUUAUUAUCCUAGACAGAGCUAGAAUUUGAGGGAUUUAUUAUAUCUGUUUGCCAGAAAUAUGUACAGCUAUGCUGCCAGUAAUACACAGCAGGGGUAUUGGGAUUCAUCUUAAUGUAAGGUGCAGGGUAGGUGACCUACCUUUCUGUUAUCAUUUAAGCUUUUUUUUUUUUUUCCCCCUCUGAGAAAGAGAGAAAUUAUGUAUCCCUUAAGCUGCAUAUGUAUAAACUGGACCGGCUGUUGUAGAGCGCAUGAGCACAAUAUAGCUUUAAAUCUGAGAUUGUAGCUCAACUUGACAAAAUGAGAGGAUAUUGUUUUCUUUUAAGGAACUGGUGGAAUACCCAAUUAUGUUAGUGUCUGUUCUGUUUAUCAAUAAAGCAUUCCUUCAAA